AUGGUAACGGUAUCGAACAGUUCAUCAUGGACCUGCAUACUUUGUGAGUCAAGCGAAGGGUUUGGUCCAUUGUCGUACUACGGUGACUUCACUCAAUGUUUCAUAGAUGGUGUUAUCCUGACAUUGUCAGCAGUCUUCAUGCUGAUUUUUGGUACCAGAGAUUUAAUUAGACUUUCUACUAUGAAGCACCCUGGUAUAAAAUAUAGACGAAAUUGGAUUAUUGUCUCAAGAAUUACCUUAGUACUAUUACAGAUAUUUUUCACUGCAUGGGCAGCUUUAAUUUUACCCCAUCAUAAACAUGAGGAUGUUACCGUUAUUUCACAGUUCACUUUAACUUUAUUAUCUCUAUUCGUUGUGCUAUGUUUGCAUUGGGUAGAAUAUCAUAGAUGUAAAGUAGCUAAUGGUAUUGUACUUUUCUACUGGUUAUUCGAAUCUUUCGGUAACAUUUCAAAGACUAUCAACUUCAUUAUAAGAAAUGUUUAUGAAAAUCAAUGGCCAUUUGGUCAUAACGUCUUUGUAUUGACAUUAUUUCAAAGUAUUAUAUCAGUUUCUAUCCUAUUCUUGGAAGCUUUACCUAAGAAACCAAUGAAACCAUAUCAAGAAAUUCAAGAACAUUUUUCAAGAAGAAAGCCAAACCCAUACGAUUCAGCCAAUGUCUUCUCAAGAAUUUCUUUCACUUGGAUGUCAGAAUUAAUGAAAACUGGUUACGAAAAAUUCUUAAUGGAAGAAGAUUUAUAUAAAUUACCAGAAAAUUUCAAUAGUGCAGAUGUCGCUGAUAGAUUAAACGAGAACUGGGAAAAGCAAAUUAAGACUAAGACUAACCCAUCGUUAUCAUGGGCUCUAACCGUUACAUUUGGUUCAAAAAUGUUAUUAGCUGGGUGUUUUAAGAUGCUUCAUGAUAUUUUAGCUUUUACUCAGCCACAGUUAUUGCGUAUUUUAAUCAAAUAUGUCACAGAUUACAACAAGGAAAGAAAAGAAAAUACUUUCUACAGCAUUACGGAGCAGCAAUUACCUAUUUCUAAGGGUUUUUCCAUUGCAAUUGCUAUGUUCUUUGUUGGUUUCAUUCAAACAUGUGUGCUACAUCAAUACUUCUUAAAUGCUUUCAAUACCGGUAUGAAUAUCAAGAGCGCUUUAACCUCCCUUAUAUACCAAAAAUCGUUGGUUCUUUCUAAUGAGGCUUCAGCACAAUCCUCCACAGGUGAUAUUGUGAAUCUAAUGAGUGUUGAUGUUCAAAAAUUACAAGAUUUAAUGCAAUUCUUGAAUAUCUUAUGGUCAGGUCCAUUCCAAAUCUUCAUCUGUCUUUUUUCUUUGUAUAAGCUUUUAGGUCAUUCAAUGUGGGUUGGUUUCAUCAUUUUGGUAUUCAUGAUCUUCUUAAAUUCAUACUUGGUCAGAAUUCAAAGAAAACUCCAAAAACAACAAAUGCAAUUUAAGGAUGAAAGAACAGGUGUCAUAAGUGAAAUUCUAAAUAAUAUAAAGUCCUUAAAAUUAUAUGCCUGGGAAGUACCUUACCAAACCAAGUUAAACCAUGUUAGAAAUGAUAAAGAAUUGCAUAACCUAACCAAACUAGGUUGUUACAUGGCAGUUACCAGUUUUCAAUUUAAUAUUGUUCCAUUCUUAGUCUCAUGCGCUACAUUCGCUGUUUUCGUUUAUACCGAAAAUAAACCAUUAACUACUGAUCUUGUAUUCCCAGCUUUGACUCUUUUCAAUUUAUUAUCUUUUCCACUGAUGGUUGUUCCAAAUGUUAUUACUUCCUUUGUUGAAGCCUCCGUUUCUGUCAAUAGAUUAUUUUCUUUCUUGACUAAUGAAGAAUUACAAAAGGAUUCCAUCCAGAGAUUACCAAAGGUUGAAAAUAAAGGCGAUGUUGCCAUAAAUCUUGGUGAUAAUGCAACAUUUUUGUGGAAGCGUAAGCCAGAGUAUAAGGUUGCCUUAAAGAAUAUCAAUUUUCAAGCUAAAAAGGGUGAUUUAACCUGUAUUGUAGGUAAAGUCGGUAGUGGUAAGAGUGCCUUGAUUCAAAGUAUUCUAGGUGAUUUAUUCAGAGUCAAAGGUUUCGCAACUGUUCAUGGUAAUGUUGCUUAUGUCUCCCAAGUUCCAUGGAUUAUGAAUGGUACCGUGAAAGAAAAUAUUUUAUUUGGGCAUAAGUACGAUCAGGAAUUUUAUGAAAAGACCAUAAAGGCAUGUGCUUUGACAAUUGAUUUGGGUAUCUUAGUUGACGGUGAUCAAACAUUAGUUGGUGAAAAGGGUAUCUCACUUUCAGGUGGUCAAAAAGCUCGUUUAUCAUUAGCCAGAGCCGUUUAUUCUAGAGCUGACACAUAUCUAUUAGAUGAUCCUUUAGCUGCUGUUGACGAACAUGUUUCAAAACAUUUGGUUGAGCAUGUUUUAGGUCCAACUGGUUUAUUGCACUCUAAGACUAAAGUUUUAUGUACAAAUAAAAUAUCCGUUUUAUCAAUCGCUGACUCAAUUACAUUGUUAGAAAAUGGUGAAAUUGUUCAACAGGGUAGCUAUGAAGAAGUUAACAGUGAUGAAGAUUCUCCAUUAUUCAAAUUAAUUAAAGAAUAUGGUAGAAAGGAAAAUAAAUCUAAGGGUUCUUCUACUUCUCUUUCGACUGUUACUGAGUCAUCUCGCGAACAAACCAUUCCUGUCGAAGAUGAAUUAGAAGCAUUACAAAAAAUUGGGGAGAUGGGAUUAACGAAUACCGAUAUGCAUAGUUUGAGAAGAGCAAGUGCAGCUACAUUACGUAGUAUUGGUUUCGACUCUGAAGAAAACAUUGAAAGAAGGGAACAUCGUGAAAUAGGUAAAGUUAAAUGGAACAUUUAUUGGGAAUAUGCUAAAGCAUGUAAGCCUAGAAAUGUUCUUAUUUUUAUAUUCUUUAUUGUCGUUUCAAUGUUCCUUUCUGUUAUGGGCAACGUAUGGUUAAAGCAUUGGUCUGAAAUUAACACAGAAAGGGGCUCUAAUCCUAACGCUAUUCAUUAUCUAUUCAUCUACUUUGCCUUAGGUUUUGGGUCAGCUUUGUCUACUUUGAUCCAGACAGUCAUCUUAUGGGUUUUCUGUACGAUUAGAGGUUCCAGGUAUCUACACGAUUUGAUGACAGAUGCUGUUUUAAAGGCACCCAUGUCAUUUUUCGAAACUACACCAAUUGGCCGUAUAUUGAAUAGGUUUUCUAAUGAUAUCUACAAGAUUGACUCGAUUCUAGGUAGAACCUUUUCACAGUUUUUCGUUAAUGCCGUCAAGGUGGUCUUUGUUAUGGCUGUUAUUUGUGCUACGACCUGGCAAUUUAUUUUCGUUAUCAUUCCUUUAGGUGUCUUUUACAUUUACUAUCAACAGUAUUACUUAAGAACCUCUAGAGAAUUACGUCGUUUGGAUUCCAUCACUCGUUCUCCAGUUUACUCUCAUUUCCAAGAAACGUUAGGUGGUAUUACUACGAUUAGAGGCUAUAACCAGGAAAAGAGAUUUGGUCAUAUCAAUCAAUGUCGUGUCGAUAACAAUAUGAGCGCAUUCUACCCAAGUAUCAAUGCUAAUCGUUGGUUGGCCUUCAGACUGGAGCUCAUUGGUUCUAUUAUUAUUUUAGGAGCGGCUACGUUAUCCAUAUUUAGAUUGAAAGAAGGUACUUUAACACCUGGUAUGGUUGGUCUAUCCUUGAGUUAUGCUUUACAAAUUACACAAACUUUGAAUUGGAUUGUUAGAAUGACUGUUGAAGUCGAGACAAAUAUUGUUUCAGUGGAACGUGUUAAAGAAUAUGCCCAAUUAGAAAGUGAAGCCCCAAGAAUUGUUGAAGAAAAGAGACCAGACGAAAUGUGGCCAACUGAAGGUGAUAUCAAGUUUGAAAACUAUUCUACUCGUUAUAGACCUGAAUUGGAUUUAGUGUUGAAAAAUAUUAAUGUCCACAUUAGACCAACAGAGAAGGUUGGUAUUGUAGGUAGGACUGGUGCAGGUAAAUCUUCAUUAACCUUAGCAUUAUUCAGAAUUAUUGAAGCUACUGCUGGUAAUAUUAUCAUUGAUGGAAUUCCUAUCAACGAAAUUGGCCUGUACGAUCUAAGACACAAAUUAUCUAUUAUUCCUCAGGAUUCUCAAGUUUUCGAGGGUACACUUAGAGAAAAUAUCGAUCCUACCAAUCUAUUUACAGAUGAAGAAAUAUGGAGAGUUUUAGAAUUAUCACAUUUGAAGGAACACGUUCUUUCAAUGGGAGCUGAUGGUUUAGAUGUUCAAUUGACUGAAGGCGGUAGUAAUUUAAGUGUUGGUCAAAGACAAUUAAUGUGUUUAGCUAGAGCUUUAUUAAUUCCUUCAAAGAUUUUGGUUUUAGAUGAAGCUACAGCUGCUGUCGAUGUUGAGACCGAUAAGAUCGUUCAAGAAACCAUUCGUACAGCAUUUAAGGAUAGAACCAUUUUAACUAUUGCUCAUAGAUUAAAUACGAUCAUGGAUAGUGACAGAAUUAUAGUGUUAGAUAAGGGUGAAAUUGUAGAAUUCGACACCCCUGACGAAUUAUUGGCCAAGCCAGAAUCAUUAUUUUAUUCUCUAUGUAAUGAAGCAGGUUUGACUAACAAGGAUGCUUAA